AUGAGAAGGAAGGAGAGGCUGCAGGAUACACAGAGGGAUCCACUGGGUACCGUGCGCUGCAGCUGUUCCAGCGAGAGGAUCAGUCCGUAUGGUGAAAGCUCAGCGGAGAGCACAGGGCUCUCCGGCGAUAAUGUUGAGGCUGUCCAACUUUUGGCAAAGGACUGCCAGUAUGCUUUCUUGAACAACAGGAGGCAGAGUUGGCUGUAUGUGAUCCACCUUAAAAAUUCACCCCCAGUGGCGGUAUAUUGUGACAUCAGCACUGGAGUUGAAGGCUGGACAGUCCUGCAGAAGAACACUUUGCACAAGGAUAAGAUCCUCUUUGGACCUCCUACAUGGAGCAUGUACAAGCAGGGGUUUGGUAAUUUGAUGUCAGAUCACUGGUUGGGCAAUGAAAUGAUUUACCUCCUCACAAGGCAGAACACGUUUACAGUCAGGUUCAGUGUUGUUGAUGGACAUAAGAAUAAGCACCACGCAGACUAUUCCAGUCCCAGGCUGGACAGUGAGGCUAAUAACUAUCCACUGAGACUGGGUGACUAUUCCAGGGAUGCAGGAAUACUGACAGCCAUGAAUGAGACAGGCAUGCAUGACAAUAUGAUGUUUUCCACAUAUGAAAAAGACAAUGAUCAAUGGAAAAAUAACCGUGCAGAUGAGAAAGGGAGAGGCUGGUGGUUUGAUAGCUGUGGUUCUGCUCUGCUCAACAAUGAUCACUUUACAUACUGGAGAGGUUUGUGUGAUAAAUCCAAUCCCUGCUCCUCUUCUAUUAUUAUGAUUAAACCCAGUAAAAAGAACUGCUCUCCUACUCCACUUCCAGGGCCUGGUGACCACAUUCCAGUUCAUGAAAAGAGUUAGGGGCCA